GUUUGUUUGAGUGUUGCAGAUUAAAGCGGUUGAAACUCAUUUCAGAUUUCCAGUUUAUGACCUGUUUUGUGACCUGAGUGAAUGUACUUUCAUAACCUCCUUAGUAAUUUCACUGUAGAAAAGAAGUACUUCUAUGCCAACCAUACCAGGAGCUCAAAACUUCAGGAAAAAGAAGCUUCUUUCAAAGCGGUAAUAUGCAAAGAAGACGUAGAACAUGUCCAAGGAAUAAAGAGGUUGUUAUCGGAUGGCAUAUCCAGAGACAAAACAUUGGCGAAUGAGUUCUACAAGUUAAUAAUGAAACCAGUUCAGUCAGCGUGCAAUAAACUACUCAGAGUAGGAACGGGAAUUUUUCCUAAUAUAGCUGGAUGGAGGUCGUGGGAUGGACACAAAUAUGUAUGCGCAGAUGAUUUCCAUCCAUCAUCGACUACAAAUGAACAAGACUGUUUGGUCUACUCUUUCGGAAUAUCCGAUGAUUUGUCGUUCGAAGACGCAGUAGCUGCACAAGGUUGCCAUGUAUUCGCCUAUGAUCACACAAUUAAGCGACUACCUUACGCCAACAAUAGCCAUAGAAUCCACUGGAAACCAAUCGGACUGGGUGUGCAAAACGGAGAAAAAUUGAAGACUUUAGGCACUCUAAUUGACAAAAAUGGUCACACAAAUAGAACCAUAAAUUACCUCAAAGUCGACGUGGAAGGUGCCGAGCGAGAAGCCAUGGUAGAAUGGAUCAAAUCGGACAGUUUGAGAAAGGUGCAACAAAUUGGAAUCGAAUUUCACCAAGUGUCAAUCUAUAUUCGAACCUACGUCCAAAUGGUCCAGCAGCUAUACGAACUUGGCUUCAAAACGAUAGCGUGGGAUCCAAAUAUGACCACAAGACCUAAAAGUGGAGAGCCUUUUAAUUACUUCGAAAUUGUUUUUAGAAGAAGUGAACUCAACUGCAAAUAAUUACUCAAUUUCAUGGCCAUUUUACAGUCAAAUAGUGGCAAAACUGUUAAAGUUAUCAUCUUUUGCAGGCAAUACUGUUACUACAAUGAAUAAGUGCUCGUUUUUAAUAAU